AUGUCAAAAUUUAACCCUCUUUGCACAAUUCUCGUAACGGUUAUCGAGGGUCGCUAUUUUCCACAGAGCCCGACCGACAAAAUAUUUGUCGAAUGCCGUUUCACCGACGAAAUUCUCUCAACAAUUAGCCCAGACUCCAGCUCAAUGCUACGCACAGACGCGGUUGAGCAACUAAAUUUUCCGAUAUGGGAUACGGAACUCGCAUGGGAAGUUGAUCAAAAAACGUUACAUAAUCUUCGUUCACAAUGGGCUCAUCUGAAGCUACAAUGUUUUUCGGUAGGCAAUAGUAGCAGAAAUGAAUUAUUUGGAUAUGCAAUGCUGGAUAUUAGAACAGCCGCCGAUAGACCUGGAAAAGAUUUUUGGGUUUCAUUAAUUAACAACAGCAACAAUAAUAAUACACGUACUCGAGGUAAUCGCCCGGAAAUAAAGAUAUCGUUUUGUAUUUUGGCGAAUUUAUCUCCUCCAGUAACGCCAGGAGGAUACAUUCCUAGCCCACUCGGAAAAUUUGUUGAAUAUAAUCACACUCGGCAGGAGGGAUCCGAAGAAUCGAAACAGUCGGGAAAGUUGAAAGAGGAUGGAUAUUAUCGUAUUGGGAAUGAUGGAUUUGAUAGACUAUUAUUCUCAGUUACUAUUAAUUUUGGUGCAAAUUUGCAAAUGCUGCUUCAGGAAUCUUCAGUCCACCACAAUGCUCAAGAUCUUGAUGAAUUUGAUAUGAAAAUAAUGAGUCAUGGCUAUUAUUUUCAAUACUUUCUUCUGGAUAGAGUUGUGACCUCUUCCAGGUUUUAUGAUCUGGCACAUCCUAAUAUUAAACCGGAAUCUAUGAGCUUCAAAAUUGAAUCGUCGCUGAAAGAGUUUAAAGAAUUUUUGGAACAGGAAUCCAAAGUAGUGAUUAACCUGUAUCAUGAUACACAAAUAAUUGGUUAUGCUGAAAUACCAUUGACAGGUCUUUUUGAUGCUCAAACAACUGAGCCUCGAUCUCUGGAUAUAGUCUAUCCUAUGUACAAUUCAAAGGGUGAUUUGCCUCUAUCUGCGGAUCUGCAAACAGCCAGGAUAGGUGUUUUUCUGAUGAUUCAGCGUGAAGAGGACGCCAUGUACUAUUUUGAUAAUACUCCAGAUUCAGAGUCUUUGGUAGAACAGAAUAGUGAGCAUGAUUAUCGGAUUUUGAUUGAAUUGGUAUCCAUUAAAUUAAAAAAGCCAAUACCAAACAUUUAUAUUAGGUAUAGUUAUCCUGCCUUGGGCAUCACUAUGUACAAGUCUACACAGACUUUAAACUCUAUUGAAGUAGGCGUAGAUGCACCACUUUCUAACGGAAUGAACACGAUCGACGUAAAGAUGACACCGCAAAGACUUGCCCGUUAUCUUGAGGCGGUUCCCUUGCUUCUGGAAUUAUGGCAACGCGGCGAACAAAAAGAUUCAGAGUUGGGUGUCGCUUCAUUACAUUUGGAUGAAGUGUUCAUGUCAAAUCGCACCCGAGAUGAUAAUAUAAAAGCAGACAUAAUGCAUUUCAAAACGUUAACACCCAUAAGGUCCGCCGGAUCGAUUAUACCACCUGAGAUGGGAAGUAUUAUCGCAUCGAUUAGAGUAGAGGAUUUUGGCGAAAAUUCUAGUAUGAAAGGCAAUGAUGAUGAUGAUAACAUUUCAGAAACAACAAAAAUUGCAGAUGAACAUUCUAUAAUAAAUGACACCACAAAACAAGGAAUGGACACCGAAAAUGUAGAUAUAUUGGAUACGAAAUCAUCGUCCACUAAUGAUGCCACUGUCAAGGAAGACAAAAGAUCUAAUAAUCUACCAAUUUCAUCGUCACGUUUUCGUACGGAAUUAUUUCAACGAGCUUCCGAACACGCAAAAUUCACACAAGAAAUACUCUACCCAAAAAAAGAAGGGAAACGUCACAACAAUCAUCAUUAUCACCAUAACUACGUUCGAAAUAAAAUCCAACAGAUGAAAUCAAUCGAUGCACAACUCCAGAAUUCUAUCCUCUAUUUUCAAACACGCGAUGAAAGUUUAUUACGAGCCGAAAAAGAUUUAGAACGACGAUGGUUAGAACUUGAUCGACAGUUUGAACAGCGUAUACGCGAUAUGAAAGCACAGUUCGAGGCUGAAUUAUUUCAGAAAUAUAAGUUUUUGCGUGAACAAACUCCAACUGCUGAGGAUACCAUAAAAAAUCUUAGAUCGGAGAAUGACCGUUUGCGCGCUCAGUUGGAGGUUAGUGAACGUGCUAAAAGCGAAUACAAGUCACAAUGGUUGAGGUCACUUCAGAUGCAACGGAUGGCUGAAGAAGGACUCGAAUCAUUAAGCUAUGAAAAGCUGUCGCUGCAAUUACUGAAACAAGAACUUGAACUUCUGAGAGCUGAAUAA